AUGGCAGACGAAAUCCAGCCAUUAGGCAACUCAACACCAUCCUCCCUGACAUCUAAACAAGUUCAUUACGCCCGUUUGAAUGUGCAACUUAGCGAAUUAGAAAAGAACAUUAAGAAACUCCAAGAAAAUCUUCAAGUCACAGCAGAACAGAUCCCAAGUUUUCGCAAGCUUGGUACCCUUCAUUCUUCCAUCUUAAUGUCUUCCUCAAGAGUCCUAAGUGAAAACGAUACCACAGAGACAAACCGUGAUUCUUAA